UCAUUUAGCAUGUGUAUAGUCAAGGAGUCUUGAAAACAAAGGGAUAGUUACAGCCAACACUAUUUGCAACAGCGCAAACACCCUUUUUUCCUCUGUUUUGGCACGUAUCUCUCUUCUUAUUCUUGCCAGCAAUGCAGCAAGCUCCUUCUGCGAUGGGUCGUACAGCACUGAUCGCACUGCUUGUGGUUAAUAGGCAGUUCACUAAUCAAGCUCGAUUUGCGAUACGAACAUCCUUGGUCAACCUCCUCGAGGCGCUGCGCCCCCCCUUCACAAGGGGCAUGGUAAGAAUUUUGCAGUUUUAUACGCGAGAUGGCAGACUAGAAAGUGGUCUGGCUGAUAACUCAGGAGAAAAAUGGUGUAUUAUCGAGCAAAUAAGAUUUGCAAGCGCGAAGAAAGCGCUAGGAUACUGGGUUCGGAUCCCUGUUACAAGCAAUCAUAGCAUUGGAACCUGGCAGAUUGCCCUGAAUCAGUACGCCCAGCGGGCUCCCGUUUCCUCAAUCUCUGCACUAUAUAAUCGGGAUGCUCCUUCUCUAUAAAAUACCUCCCAUACUUCUCGCUCCCACGCCUCGUCUCUUUCUCUACAAUGCUUCCGCUUCUCCAACAAGCUCUCAGCACCAUCUUUCACUUCCUCAUAGCAAGUUACUUUCAACAAACCCUUGAUCCAAACCCUGUAUCUCAAACCAUGAAGGACAUUACUAUUCUCAAAGACUCGUAUACGGGAUCAGCACCGCUCAUCGGAUUCUCAAGCUGGCUGGAA